AUGUGUAGUACUAAGUCUGCACCGGAUAAGGACAAUCCGUUUAACGGGGGAUCUAGUUCUUUUCUGAAGAAUAUUCAUUCGUUAUUACGGCUUAAAAAGGGGAACAAUGGGAAAGGACACGGGCGGAACAAGAUGGCCGAGGUCGACAGAGAAGUGAGGCGAAAAUCUAUUGAGUAUGAUUUGUCUAUUGGAUCUGACGAGUCGCCUGGAUCGCCUGUCCAGAAUAGCUUUUUAGAGCACGAGAGCCGGUCGCUUUACGAUGCUCGUGCGGAUUUACAGAAAGUGAUUGCGAUCGAACAUCACAUAGAGAAGGGAAAGAAACUGGGCCUGGUGAUCGGAGAGGCUCAUAAUGGGAGCAGUGUGUCGUUGCCUUACGCUUUUAAACCGAGAUCUUCAACUAGCGGGUCAAUUCAUAGAGUUCAUGCUCCUCCCAGAAGACAAUUGAGUGGAUCGAGUCUGUUGAAAAAAGACUUCAGACCCUACAAUUCGAAUCCUGGUCAGAGGUUGAUACAGGCCGCCAAUUGCCAUCCUCGUGUUGCAGAGUCUUUGGUCGAUUUGACCGCGACUGGAUCUCAUGGCCUCCAGAGAAAAGUCAAAUCCUGUGGCCCCCUCCCAAACGGCGGGAGAGGGAGCGGCGAGGACAGGACUCCAGCUGUUAUAUCGCCUCCCGCGGACAAUUUACCUUUAUAUUCGUCCCGACUUCAAGAUAGCAAUAUUCCGCAUUAUAAGUGUGACUCUGCUGGAGACAACCUACCGCGUAUCACGGUGAAUGUCUUGGUUGAUAUAAUUAACGGACACUAUGAGCAGUACUACCCAAAAAUAUAUAUCGUUGACUGCCGGUUCGAGUACGAGUUUUUAGGUGGACACAUCAAAGACGCUCUCAACAUUUCCAGCAGAGGAGACCUGGAGAAUGAAUUCAUCCACAAGAAGGAAGACAAGUGCACAUCUGAAGCAGGCAAGCCCCCGCUGUUGGUGUUCCAUUGCGAGUUCUCUUCUUAUAGAGGCCCCAUAAUGGCAUCGCAUCUCAGGAAUUGCGAUCGGAUGCUCAACCACGAUAACUAUCCUUUGCUACACUAUCCUGAUAUAUUGGUUCUAGAGGGCGGUUUUAAGACCUUUUUCGACAUGUUCCCUGAAAGAUGCAACGGCCAUUAUGUUGGUAUGAAAUCGCAUAAGUCCCAUGAGGUCGAAUUGGCCAAGUUUAGGCAAGAUUCGAAGAGCAUCGUAGCAAGACAAAAUUCCUUGCACGUGCUACAAUCAACGGGGCAGACUUGCAGCAGAAGCAGCAGUGAGGCUACUGCUAAAACGCUGCCUAGUGAUCAUCUUUUAGGCCUGCUGCCACCGUCGAAGAUCCAUAGCAUUCAGUAUGACUUGCUCAAUCGGAGUCCGAAUAAGCGUCAAACGUCUUUCAGAGGAAGCAUCAGCUCGAGGAGCAGCAGCAUCGAUAGUGUACCAUCUAGCAGCCUUUUAUUGCUAGAAGAUUUAGAAUUCACAAUGGGAGGAGAUGUGUCAGAUGACGAUUCCCACGCUGACCAAUAUAGUUUCGAAUUGGGCGACGAUUCAACCUUUGGUGCAGGAACAAAUUCUGGCAAUUCUGUCUCCCGUAAACUGCUCGAUGCCAUUUUGAAGGAUAACGAUAAGUAG